AUGGGAGCUGUGAUGUCUCAACUGGGAUUCAAUCAAGCCUUUCUGCUAGCACUUAUCGGUAUUCUCGCUAUGCUUGGUCUCACAGUUAUGGCUAUUGGUGAAGAUGAAAGGGAUCAUCAAAAUAACUACAUUCUUCCGUUAAUUCGAGUACGUUCACCGGCAACAACAGAUCGAAAAGUCAUCUGA